AUGCCCAUCUCACAGGUCGAGCUCGAGAAUGCCAUCCGCGCAGCGAUACCCAUCAUUCAUUUGGAGAUCCAUGAUCAGUCGAAUGGGUGUGGAGAGAACUAUGCUGUGUUCGUGGUGAGCCCGGCGUUCGAGGGCAAGAACACAUUGGCUAGACAUCGAUUCAUCAACCAGGUGCUUAGAGAUCAGAUUGCUCGGAUGCAUGCGUUCUCGCAGAAAACCCUCACUCCAAAGCAGUACGAGACGCAGCUAAUACAGCCCUGA